AUUUAUCGAUUUUAUGAUAUCGCAUUGUUCGUUUGUACUACGAAUACAUCGGCAUUCCCUGCUCUGUUGUUAAAAUGGCGGAAUACUUGGCUUCAAUUUUCGGAACAGAAAAAGAUAAAGUGAAUUGCUCCUUUUAUUUCAAAAUAGGAGCUUGCAGACAUGGGGAUAGAUGCUCGAGGUUACACAAUAAACCAACUUUCAGUCAGACUAUUCUGCUACCCAAUUUCUAUUUGAACCCUCAAAAUUCGGCACAGACAGCUGAUGGAUCACAUUUGGUAAUGAUGAGUGAUGUGGAAACGCAAGAACAUUUUGAUGAUUUUUUUGAGGAAGUCUUUGUAGAGUUGGAAGAGAAGUACGGUGAAAUCGAAGAAAUGAAUGUUUGCGAUAAUCUAGGAGAUCAUUUAGUUGGUAAUGUCUAUGUCAAAUUCAAAUACGAAGAGGAUGCCGAGAAAGCUGUUCAGGCCUUGAACAAUAGAUGGUUCAAUGGAAGACCUAUUCACGCAGAAUUAUCUCCUGUCACAGAUUUUAGGGAAGCUUGCUGUCGGCAAUACGAAAUGGGGGAAUGCACAAGAAGUGGAUUUUGUAACUUUAUGCACCUAAAACCUAUAUCCAGGGAUCUUAGAAGAAAACUGUUUUCUAGAAAUAGAUAUCGUAAAAAAUCCAGAUCCCGUGAAAGAGAAAAAGAUAGAGACAGUAGAAGAAGAAGACGCAGUCGUAGUCGAGAAAGACACGGACGCUAUUGA